UUCCAAUAGCGAGGUCGCGACAAUCGAGAGAUCGGUCCAUGCCGACAGGUCCAGGUCCACAUUGAAGGACGCGUCAACCGAGCGCUUUGACGGCGGCGCAGAAUCAGCGACGAACGAAGACCAGGUGUCUUGUUCGGAUGAAAGCACCGAGUGUUCAAUGGAGAAGCAAAAUGAGAAAAGGGCCAAGUUCCUGGAAAAGUUCAAGCCCAAGAAAAAGAACUCAGGACAUCUGGUUGGAUACCAGGAGGCAUGGGAGAAGGGAUACCCCUGGCUUUAUCCUGUCAACAAUAAAACAGGGAUGAUGUGCCGCAUUUGUAAGCGGCACAACCAGCGCCAACAAAAUGGGGAAUAUAUCUGGAGCAAGAUUCCCUGCACCAGCUUGCGGGUUGACAAGGCGCGGAAUCAUGCAAAAUCCAAACAUCGAACGGCGCAGGCGACAGAAAACGCCCGCAUUGCCGCAGAGAUGAAUGGAGGCAUUGGCCAAGCCAUGGCAAACACUAAGUAAAAAGUCUUCAUGUUUCCUUGAAUCAAGAAGCUGUGAAGGCGGCACUGAAGGUGGUCUAUCACCUAGCAAAAAAGGAAAUACCUCACCACACCAAUUUCAAGGACUUGGUGAAGUUUGCGACCACCGAGUUAGGUUGUGAGGUGUUCAACCGGCUGAAUGUUGGUGGAAAUGCCACAUACACCAGCAGCAAAGUUGUAGAUGAAUUCUUGAGUGUCCUUGGCACUCAGUUGGAGGAGGACCAGCUGACCACCAUCAGAGGCAGCCCAUUCCUGGGACUGAUGUGCGACGAAACGGUGGACAUCUCGACAACCAAUGAGCUGGUCCUAUACUGCAGGUGUAUCAAUGGUGAUGGCAAGUUUCAGGCCAACUUUCUGAAGGUUGUGGCGUUAAAAGAUGGAAAGGCCGACACUGUCAAAGCUGCCCUCAGUCACUACAUGGAGGAAAAUGAUCUGUCCAUCCAGAAGGUGGCUGGUUUUGGCUCAGAUGGAGCAGCAUGUAUGAUAGGAAAUCGAAGUGGUGUUGCCACACAGCUUAAGGAGGACAAUGCAAAGAUAGUAAGUAUCCACUGCAUUGCACACAGACUGGCCCUUGCCGUCGGACAAGGUGAAAUACAUUGGCAACGUCUUCAAGCCGAACCUCAUGAGCCUGUACCUCUACUACAAUGGCAGUGCAGUUCGAUCAGAAGGCCUGAAAGAGAUACAGAACAUCCUCCAGGACAUGGAGUUGAAGUUGAACCAAGCAAAGGACGUGAGGUGGCUGUCCCAUGAUGCUGCGACAAAAGCCCU